AUGAUACCUAACAAAAUUUUGAAAGUCUUUGCAUAUGAACUUGCUCCAGUUAUUACGGACAUUUACAAUUCGUCUAUCAUUCAGGGCGUGUUUCCGAUGAACCUCAAACGGUCUAUUGUAGUUCCCAUCCCUAAAGUCUCACUACCUCAAAGCGUGGAGGACGAUCUAAGACCCAUAUCAUUAACGUCCCUAAUUUCUAAGGUCAUGGAGGGGUUCACCUUGACAAAAUUAUUUGCCCAAAUUGAGAGUAAAUUGGACACGAAGCAGUUUGCGUUACCAGGGAAAUCUACGACUCACGCCCUAACAUACCUCCUGCACACCAUUUUGUCUUCCCUUGAGAACACUUCCUGCUCCGCUAGAUUGUUUUUUGCAGACUUUAAAAAGGGGUUCGAUCUUGUUGAUCAUAAUGUCAUAAUAUGCGAGCUGGAAAAUCUUGGUGUACAUCCUGCCAUAGUGAGGUGGAUAAAAGCUUUUCUUAGCGACCGUGAACAGUGUGUGCGAAUUGAAAACUCAUACUCGUCGUGGAAGAAAACAAACGGUGGUCUACCACAAGGAACAAAACUAGGACCGCUACUUUUUGCAGUCCUUGUAAAUUCUUUGCUCAAGGAUUGGCCUGGGAGAGUCAAAUUUGUCGACGAUACUACGGUCUUGGAAAUAAUUCCACGAUGUUCACCCAGCUUCCUACCAAUUAUCGUGGACCAAAUAUCCGAUUAUGCAAACGAACGAGGAAUGAGACUAAAUCCAAAGAAAUGCAAAGAUAUGGUUAUUACGUUUCUUAAGUAUAAACUGGUAGAAAAUGACAUUUUUAUAGGCGGCGAUGUGGUGGAGACAGUCUCCAGUUUUAAACUACUAGACGUGUGGUUGACUAACAAUCUUUCGUGGGAUAUACACGUAGAUAAAAUUUUAAAGAAAGCGAAUUCACGCAUCUAUGCUUUACGCCUAUUAAAGGAAGCUGGAUUGAGCCCUUUAAACAUUGUUCAUAUUUAUUGUGCAGUUAUAAGAUCCCAGUUGGAGUAUGCAUCACCAGUUUGGUCCGCUCUUCCAAAGACAUUAUCAGACCUUAUUGAGUCGGUGCAAAAAAGAGCUUUAAAAAUCGCGUAUCCCACUCUAUGUUAUGAUGAAGCAUGCAUUACACAAAA